AUGAAUUCAACCUAUGCUAAUGGAACUGUUCAUAGGUAUGAAGAGAUCAAGUUUGUCCCUCCAUCAAACAAUCACAAAACAGAAGUUCAAUCCAAAGACGUUACAAUUUUGCCUAAUAAAAACGUAUCAGCACGACUUUACCUCUCCAAAAUCAGUCGAAAAAAUAAAAAAUUUCCUCUUUUUUUUUACAUCCACGGGGGAGGUUUUUGCAUAGAAUCAACAUUUUCUUCCGGGUAUGAUAGUUACCUCCACAAGCUAACAGCUCAGGCUAAUGUAUUGGUCGUGUCAAUUAAUUACAGACUAGCCCCAGUGCAUCCAAUUCCAGCAUAUUACGAUGAUUCAUGGGAUGUAAUGAAUUGGGAUGCACGAGGGAAAGAGCCCUGGCUGAAACAACAUGCCAAUUUUUCACGUGUUUUCUUAGCUGGUGAUAGUGCUGGAGCUAAUAUAGCUAACAACAUCAUGGUUCGUGCAAGUGAGGAAAGUCAUUUUGUCCUGUCACUAGUUGGGAUGGCACUAUUGGAUCCAUAUUUUGGUAAUGGUAAGCCUGAUGUAUUAUGGACGUAUUUAUGCCCGAAAACUAAUGGGAUUGAUGAUCCAAGAUUCAAUCUGGCAGCUCAUCCGAAGAUACUGUCGAAAUUGAAAUGCUCCAAGAUCUUUGUUUUUACUGCUGGUAAAGAUAAUUUGAGAGACAGAACUUGGACUUAUUACGAAACAAUGAAGAAAAUUGGGUGGAAAGGUGAAUUGGGGAUAAAAGAGACAGAAGGGGAGGGACAUGUCUUCCACAUGUAGAAGUACGUUUCCUUGUGUUCAACUGUAAUUUUCUUCGAGAAUGCGGUGAAUUCCUAAACCAAGCAAUCCCUUCAUACACCACCUAACAUCUACCACUACAUUUUUAGUCAAAAAAUGAAGAAGAUCGAUCAGCAUCUACAGAUGUAGAAUUGAUCAGAUACCAAACAGAUUUACCCUUUCCACACCACUUGGUGAGAUAGUUGGCACGAAGCUCUACACCCCUCACCUUUGAACUUUCCAAGAAUAAACAAUAAAAUCAACUCAACAGCGGUCAUUUAGAUGAAAAAUUCUUCUACUAAACCAUUUCAUCACUCAGAAACUCAUGAAAUUCUGGAGACAUCUAAGUGAAGGACAUCCAGUUUCAACAUCUAAGAUAAGUAGAUAUAUAUGACUCGAAUAAAUAGCCAACUCAUGUAAAACAUAGUAAAUGCGAUCAAAACCAUUGCUCAAAAUAGCCGAAAUCCAUAUUGUCAUGAUACCUUCCAAAUUAAGCUUAGACAUGUCUAAAACAAGAAGGCCCUGCAAGAGCUCUAUAAGCAAAUGAAUUAAUGCAUAUUACGUGUUGGUAGCUCUAGUGUAAAUCUGCUGGCUAGCAUGAGCAGAUACCAUCCUGAUCGAACCUUUUGCCAUCAAAUCUCUUAUUGCCUUCCUAGCAAGUGAUCCACUAAUCUGGACAUUCAAUCAAAUCAACAAAUUAGCAAAAUUACAAUUGACAUACUAGCGUACGUACAAACUGUUGGAGUUACUGCUGUUACUGAUGCUGUAUAUCCCACAUAAACAGUGUGUAUUUUUAUCUCUUUAGAUAGUUUAGCCCAAUAAUAAUUAGCUGGUAGGCCCAUUCUUACUUUUGGGUCCUUUUUGGCCCACUGAUGUAUAAAGAAGGGCGAUCGAUCCUUGUAGAGAAGAUUAGAUAUUUUUUCCUGAAUCAAAAGGUUUCCUUCAUUUCUCUCUCAAACCUUCUCUGUAGAGUUCACUAUAUUUGUUUGAUUCCUGAUGAUCACACUAGUUUUAUAUAGUAUCAGAGAGAAGAUCCAUAAUCUUCGGUUGAUUUUGCAUCCUCCGAUGGUACCCUUCUGUGUUUUCGUGCUGCAUUUUUUGUUUCGAUCAACGGAGAUUUCCUUUUUGCCGGAAUUGUAUUUCCGAUGUGUAUUUUUCAGUUACGCAGAUUCUUCUUUUGCAGAAAUAUUGUCUUCACAGUGCAGUUGGUUUAUUUUUUUUGCUGAAAAACUGAGGUCGUAGCUAUCUAGCUGAAUUUGUAGCUGUUUUUUGAUUUUUACACCAAGGCCGUUACCGUUUUUGGUUGCAAAACGGAGGGUAUCCUUCCCUUAUCACUA